AUGGGUAAGGACACCAUCGCUGACAUAAUAACCUAUAUAAGAAAUGCUGACAUGAAUAAAAAAGGAAUGGUUCAAAUACCAUUUACUAACAUAACAGAAAACAUUGUAAAAAUACUUUUACGCGAGGGUUUUGUUGAAAACGUCAGAAAACAUAGAGAAAACGACAAAUAUUUUUUAGUUUUAACUCUACGGUAUAGAAGGAAUAGAAAAGGAUCAUAUAAAAGUUUUUUAAAUUUAAAACGGAUCAGUACACCCGGUCUACGAAUAUAUUCUAAUUAUCAACGAAUCCCUCGAAUUUUAGGGGGCAUGGGGAUUGUAAUUCUUUCAACUUCUAGAGGUAUAAUGACAGAUCGAGAGGCUCGAUUAGAAAGAAUUGGCGGAGAAGUUUUAUGUUAUAUAUGGUAA